AGAUGAUUAGGCUUCACUUUUGGAAGCUGUCAUUUCGUCCAUCUUUAUUUACAUUCUGUGAUUUUUACUGUGUCAGUGUUUUGUCAUCACCUUAUGAAAGAUGAUAAAGUUUUUUCAGUCUGAUGAUAGGCAAAAAACCCUGCUAUUUCUAAGGAACGCAAUAUUCAUCAGAUCAUUAGUCGAACCUUUAACUUCACCUGAAAAGGUUAAAAAAAUAAAAGUAAAACGUUAAUUUCUAUCCACACUGUAUAUUCAGCAUUAAUUAAAGCUUUACAUCCGUCAGUGUUGCAGCCUGAGAGGAAAGUUCACGAUUGAACCUGUGACCAAUGAACAUCAGUUCCACAGAUAAACACAGAUUCUCAAAAGAAGACUCCAGGAACUCACCAGAAAGACCUGCGAGCACAAGUCAGACUUUAAAUUUGAAAGAAAAGAUAAUGUGACAUUCAUCUGGAUAAUUAUCAAUAUUGACUGACAUGAAUUUUUUUUAUCAUGAUAUAAUUUUUUGGUCAUAUUGCUAAGCCCCCAGAUUAAGUAUAUUAAACUGCCCAGAACAAGGAGAGUUUAAUUUUGUUUGGACAUUUGGUUAGGAACCCUGUAUAGCUCUGUAUCUUUAGGUAGAAGCAACUAAUUCCCGGUGUAGAGGGAAUGUCAGCAGAAAAUCAUUUACCCAAUGAUAACCGAUGAAAACAAUCAUCAAAGACAUUUGGAAAAUUAUUUCUUUAAAUAUUUGACUCUCACUCGUGCCAGAAAACUUGUUCCACAGCAACACAGCAGGUUAUCUUCGUGUUUGUUUUUUUACAUUGCUGAUCACAUAUGGAGUCAUGCACACUGUCAAAUAAUGAAUGCAGCUUAAAUCAUUUCUCUUGCAAACCCUUUAAAGCUGGUGACUGGACACGGGGGCAGUGAUUUCCCGGCAAAAGCAAUUCAGGAAUUCCCUGCACGUGGAGGCGGGCACAGCUGUGCUCCUAAUAUGGUCAUUAGUUCCGAGCUCUUCCUGUCACACAUCAACUUUUUUUCCCAUGUAUUUAUCUCGAUGCCUCCAAGUGCAGUCGAAAAUAAUCAGUUAUGAUUUGUACUGUAGUUAACCACACAUUCAUAAUUGGAACAUGGGGCUAUUAGAUGCAAUUGAACUUGCUUAUACAUCACGUUUCGAAAAUCAGGAUUUAAAAAAACUCGUAGCCACUUAAAUUGCUGCUUCAGUGUAGCGUCACAAGCUUCAAAAGUGAAAGUAACAAGCCGCACUUGAAUGCAACACAACCCCUCGCCACCCUUAACUUGCAAUGGCCAAUUUCACAUAAAGAGAAACUGAAAGCAGACGCAGCGUCGUGUUGCGUCAGAUGCCAAACCUCCUGAGCACAAAAAGCCUCUGAGCGCACAAGGGACAGCAGCUGCUCUUCAGGCUGAACACAUUUACAGAGUCACCAAGCAUCCACCAGGAACUAGACCGGCCGCCGACAUUACAAGUUUAGUAUAUCCUAGACUUCAACUUUCGUUCUCACUCAUUCAAAAGUCGGUCCAAGCUGCAGCAAGACGCGCAGGCUGUGCGUAAUUGCCAUCAUGACGCGCGGGUAAACCGGGCUGGAUGUAGAUCGAGAUUGAAGCUAUCGGUGUAAGAGCAGCCAUCCGCCCGUCCAAAAGGCAGCUGCGUGUGGGACGUGGGGGGGGGGGAUGAGAGAUGUCCCCGUCACUCAUGGACACCAGGGACGGACCCAACAGCCCUUGCUCCCUGUCAGCUGAGGAGAGCAACAGCAACACGGCUGGAUCGGAGAGAGAAGGAGACGGACAACAGGUGGGACACACAGGGGGGAAAAGACGAGAGAAGAACAGAAACGCGGCCAGGAAGACCCGCCGAAAGCAAACGGAGAGAGCUGACGAACUUCACGAGGAGCUUCAGCAUCUCGAGCAAUCAAACUCCUCCCUUCAAAAUGAGAUCGCCGGAUUGCAAAAAAACCUCCAACGCUACACAAAAGCUCUGGCACGUCAUGAGCCUUACUGCUGCCUCAGAGCCUCUGCGUCCACCUCGAGAAAACACGUCUCCGCGUCCCACUCAGGUGGCUGUCAGAGCACCUCAGGCCCUCCUCCGAGAUUCGCUCCCCAGGCUCCGAGCUCCAUUCUGGCUACUCCCCCUUUGGUCUCCUCCAGCCUGGGUCUUCAAGCCCAUCUCUCAUCCUCAGCUUCUCCUCAAACAUUCUCCUUGUCUUCUCGCUUGUCUGCCAAACUCGUCCUCCCCUCCUACUCUGGCCCUGCAACUCUUCCUUAUUCCGUCCCAGAUCGUCACUCUUUGUUCAGAAAAGAGCCUCCAAACACCACAAGUCCGACAGGGGUUACGCCUCUUUGCACCAGCCUCCUUUCAACCUCUAUUACCUCCAGCAUCCUCACCGCAGCUGCUCAGCCUCAAUCUGGGCGAGACAUCAUCCACGGAACCUCCUCAGUGCCUGCAAAUGCGUGUUUUCCUCUUAAUUCGGGCACAUUGGAUGCUUUUUUAAUAAAACAAACCUCUGUGGUGCCCCCUUACCAACAUUUGGCAGUAGAAACUGGAGGUCCAGUAUUCCAAGCUUGUCCCAUGAAUGUGCCCCAGCUUCCUCUGGGUCAGCACAGUGGAAAUCCAAACGGCUCAAGUCCGCUGCUACCACCAACUCUUCAGGAUCCUGCUGUUCAGUCGCCUCAGGCAAACUUGGAACUGCCUUUUGCCGCUGCCUCCUUUGGUUACAGACAACAAACACCCAAUCAAGAGUCUCUGCUCUCCCUCCUCACCAUCCCGAGUCCUCUGAACAGCAGCAGCAGCUCCGACGCACUUGUCUGUCAGCCUCCGCCCUCGCAGCCGCUGCCGGGCGAUCCCUCAAGUGACCUUUCUCUUUCUGAGCUGCUGGAGAUCGAUGAUUGGAUCCUAAGUGGAACUAGUGAUCAAUAACACUACAUGUCACAAGGCGAUGGAGGACCAGCGUCCCUAUUUCUAAUUUUCUAAUUUACAUGUUUUCAGCUAUUUAAUUGAAAUCUGAUGAUUUGGGUUUCAGCUUUCUACCAAUAGAACUGACUGUUUAAAGCAACGACUGUAAAAUGCAAGCUUUUAUAGACAGAUUUUCACAUCUGACAUCCAGUUGGUGGUUAUUAAUGGUAACUGGCAUCAGAAAAUGAACCUAUGUCUGAGCUGUUGCUCAUAAUCAUCUCUUUCCUCUGCUUAAAGGGAGACUCUCACAUAUUUAUACAACUGACAGACCCAAAAAAGGCAACAUUUUAAAAGCAGAGGUCAAAAUAUUUGGAUAUUUAGUUCAGAAGUUCAGAUUAAGUUCCAACAAUGGCAUGUCUGGCAUUUCCCAUAAUGCAACCUGUAGAAUGUUUAAUUGGACUUUCAUUGUCUGAGAAUAUAAACCGUGUUUAUUAAACCCUAUACCCCCAUUUAUAACACAAGCUUUCUGAUAUCACUGAAGCUCAAACUGAGAUUAACCCUGAUGAAAACACUAUCACUGUCGUUUUCUCAGAUUGAUCAGAGUCAUAGACGACAACAGUUUCCAUAAGCUGUGUAAUGCUCAAAAUCAGAUAAUCAAUAAAAAAACAAUAAAAAGUCGUUUCCCAUAGAACACAGUCAACUGCACAAAGGAGACUCAUAUAUUUGUUAAACUAAUUUCCUGCAGCUGCUACAUUCUCCAUCUCUCCUUGACAACAGGCAACGCUUUGUUCAGUGAACGAGAAGCUUGCGAAGUGACCGGGCUCAAAUCCAGCAGUGGAAACUUUUUCUUAGUUUUGAAUUUUGUUUAAAUCAAAAGUGGACGUCAUCCCUUUCAGACAAAUACUGACUCAACACUCUAAACUUUGACUUGUUAUUUUAAAAAGAGGUGGAGUAAACACUUCCUCACCACUUCAUGGAAAGGAGAAAAUGUGGCUGAAGCUGCAAUAUUAAAAAUAUAUAUGACAGUGCCAAAGUUAACCACACAGCCUGCGAACUGGCUGCAUGUGACAUUCAUCCUGAUUUACCAAGAGGAAAGUAUAUUAUUUUAACUCUUUUCUUUGUUUUACCUUGUUGAAAAUACAUUCUAACAUAUUCCGCUGCUACUAGUAAUUUAUUUAUGGUAUAUGCAAUAUUUCAAUCCAAGAAAUUGAUGACCUAUAUUACAGCCAGCCACCAGGGGAUGAUCAAGAUGCUUUGGCUUCACUUUUGGGAGCCAUCACGUUGUCCAUCUUUAUGUACAGUCUAUGAUAUUACUUAUCAGUUUUAUCUACUUUGCGUUUAACUAUAUCACCAUAGAGGGUGAGCAGCACGGUUCCACAGCUCAUUUGUGUCCACUAGGGGGCCCUCUAGUGGUAAAAUGGUGGUUUGAAAUGCAGCCAUGAUUUCAAUUUUGGUGAUGAGACCCUUAUGUGCAGUCAAAUGAAUGUAAAAGAUCAUCAGUUCUGUUUUCACGUCUAGCACAGUGACGACAGACCUGCUCAGAUCUCUGAGAGGGAAACAGGAAACAGCAGCGUGAGGUUGGGGCGGCUUCAUUAAACGUGACGAUGGCGGUGAGGAUUAAUGAGGGGGGUCACAAAGCUGUUGGCUCGCCGACGUCCUCACCCCUGAGAGUAUAAACCUAUGAUCACCGCAGUUGUAGAACUGAUCAUCUGCAUGAGGAAAAUGAGAAGAAGAAAUAAUUGUUCCUCUUCUUGUAUGUGACUUAAUGGAGCUGCUAAAAUCUGUUAUCUCCAGCUACCAGGAAAUAGAUUGAAAUAUUUUUUAAUGUGGGCUUUUUUAACUUUGUAUUAUUGUAUUAUUCUGAUUUUGGUUUUCCAGAUGAUGGUUUAUGGGAUAAAUCUGCUUCGUACACGAUAUAUUUAUAGUUCUAUUGGAAAUUGUAUUCCAUGUAGCAGCUUCAGUAGCUUUAUAGGAAGAUGUUGAGUCUGUAUGUGUGUUAUGACCUUUUUUGUAUUUCUUCUGUAUUUAUGUAUUAAUUAACAUAUUGAUUGCAAUAAAAUGUUCAUUGCGGUUCAA